AUGGGCCAUGGGGAGAUUGGCAGGGCAGAUAUAGGCUAUGGGGAGAUAGACAGGGUGAUGAGCAUCCUGAGCAACCCCAGCGGAGUAGCCCCCCAGUCCCAGGCCGACUUCUCCAUCUCCCCCCUGCACGGCAGCCUGGACAGCGCCAAUGCCAUCUCGGCCAGCUGCAGCCAGCGCAGCGACUCCAUCAAGUCCGUGGACAGCCUCCCCACCUCCCAGGCCUACUGCCCCCCCACCUACACCACCACGGGCUACAGCGUGGAUCCCGUGGCCGGCUACCAGUACGGCCAGUACGGCCAGACUGCUGUCGACUACCUGACCAAGAAUGUCAGCUUGUCCACACAGCGCCGGAUGAAACUCGGGGAACAUUCAGCCGUGCUGGGGCUCCUACCUGUCGAAACAGGCCAGGCCUACUGAAGGCUCCUUCCCUGGGGGAGGGGGGGGUUCCACCCCACAGCCAACCCUCUGCCAUCAAGAACCCCCCCACUACGACCACCGAACUUUCUGGGACCAGCGGCCUCUUGUCGUCCACCGCCGGCGUUUCCUUCGGAGACUCAAAGGACCAAACCUUCCCACCCUUGCCUCCGUCCCAGAGGCCCACUGAUCUCCCCACCUCGACCCCCAGCCCUGUCCCCCCCCCAUCCUUGUUCUGUGUACCUACGAAGACUUAACAACCAUGUUCCCAACUCUAGAGACGAUGAAUUUGUAAAGGACUCCUCCCAUCUGGGAGCUGGGUAGCUGACGUGGCGUCCUACCAAUGCUUCCCAGAUGUUUCCCAAUCGUGGCGACCACUCGGCGGAGUCAAAAUGUGGAGGCUCUAUUCUUCGUCAUUAUAAUAGCUAGGUAGAUACCGAUAUAUUCUUUGGCCCACCUACCCUCCCCGUGACUCGCACACAUUUCCCCCCCCCCCAUCAUUUUUAUUAUAGUACACGAUCAAUAAUUCAUGGAAGAAGCUGGCUGACCCAAGGACCACAAGGGGAUGCUUUGGACCAAAUACAUACAAGCGUCAAGAAGCAAGACUGACAAAGCUAAGAAAAGUUGAUCCUGGUCAGAAAAGGAGAGCGAGAGGGAGAGAGAAUUGCUACGUCUUGUAAAUACGUUCACCUCCGCUUCGGGGUUAGGAAGGUUCGAUGGGGAAGCGGAUCCGGCAGAUUCCGAGAAAGCUCUGGGUUCCGUCUCAGAGUAGUCUUCACAAGGGUCACCUCUGGGUUCCUCAAAAGAGCGCGAAUCCAUGCUUGCGUCCCGGAGGCCUCUGGCUUUGGGGAGCGACCAGUUUCCCCGCUGGGUCACUUCGGAGGCCCCACCUGUCCAUCAGGAGAAAAUUGGGGAGGGGAGGGGAUUAGAGAAGGCAGAAAGAUUUGCAUUCACAUCCUCCCUGUCCCCGUCCCCAUGACGUGAGUUGCUGGCAGCCCAGCAGAAGGUGGCCGAUCAUCUAUGGAGGCAUCUGGGUGUGCCAAACAUCUCCAAAAUGGCUUCCUCCUCCCCUCCCAACAGCCGUUUGCCCAUUCCUCGGAAAUGAAGCGGUGACCGAAAGGGGGGUCCCUGCCCACUCUUUGAGGUGCCCUGCUACGAGACCCCUAACCCAGAUUGCAAAGGACAUCUUGGAGGGGCAAACAAACCCCGGCUUCAGAUGCUCCCCUAGCAGGGAACCAUGGGUUCUAUAAAGGUGCAUCUGGGAUGGCCCCUGGGGGUACAUUUCCUCGGCCCCUCGUCUUCUCCCACCCAUUUUCUAACCAGUAUGUUUGCCUCGCUUUCUUUCAAAACUGUAAUUCUUGAUUGCACUCUUAGCAUCAGAGGUGGGCAGAGAGCGAUUAAAAAAAAGGUUGUGUCACACACAGACACACACACAUCACACACACACACAGCAUCUCUCCUGCCCUUAGCUCAGGGGUCAGCAACCUGCGGCUCUGGAGCCGCAUGUGGCUCGUUCACCCCUCUGCUGCGGCUCCCUGUCACUCAAAAUAUGCAUCACAACCGCCAAUGUGCGACACCCACUGGCACGCAAUUUAUUGAGCUUUUCAACCCCCGGUAGACCAACCAUGGAUAAAUCCAAGAAAAAGAAAAUUCAGAAGAAAACAGAACAUUGAAUUCAACUACAUAGGCUGGUUUUGUGGCCGCUCAGGAAAUCAUCAGGCACCGGAAGGGGUUUUGUGGCUCCCGGUGUUUUCUGUGGGAAACUGGUCCAAAUGUCUCUUUGAGUGUUUAAGGUUGCAGACCCCUGCCUUAGCUCCUCGUUGGUGAAAUUUAAGAGCUUUCCGGUCUGUAUGGUUCAAUUAAAACUGUUCAAGAUUUUAGGGAUCUGGGAGGGCAGGAUCUGUUCAGAAGGGAAAGUCAUGCCAACUUGUCUACCAUUUCACCUAUGGCAUCAUGGCCUCCUGGUCCAGCCACAUCCCGCCCCCCCCCACCUCCCAACACUCAAAGUGCCAACCAGAGCUGGCCCUUGCCGCUGACCCAAGACUCAUUCUGCAUUCCCAUGUUUUCUACCCUGUUUCCCCGA